AUGCUUGCUCAUCGCCUAUUUCGACACGACAGACUCCGACAAGAAACAAUUGAAGCAAAACUCAUGGCUUAUAGAUCACCCAAUCAUCCAAUAACUACUUUAAUAAAUGUGGCUUCUGAUUCGCCUGUUCCAUUGUUGAAUAAUCCAACCACAGAUGACACAAAUGGAUGGCGCGCCCACAUUGCUAUAGUGCUAGCUAAUCUUCAAACACAAAAUGCAAUGAAUGCAGUAUAUCAAUUAGGAUUGUCAUUGGCACAAAAAGAAUUUAAUGCUGCUGCUGAUUUUUGUUUUUUGUCUGUUAAUUUAUUGACGGGUUAUAAUUGUUUUCAACCACCAAAUGAUAGUGAAUUAGAUGACCAUCCAAAAUAUCGCAAGCAUAUUAGCCUUUUAAAUGCUUCAAUACCCGAUGAUUCUUUAAAUUCUUGUAUUACACGUUUUGGUUGGUCUGUAUUUGAUUAUCAAGCAACAGAAAUUUAUGAAUAUGCAUUGAGAUUAGGCAAUGGAAAUGCAACUACAGCUCUUUCACAGUCUGAUGAUUUUAUUCAAACAAAAAGGCAAUAUGUUCAAUUACUUGGAGAACUUGGUGGAUUUGAUCAUUCAAUUGAACUUUAUAAUUUAAAUGAGGGCAAAGGUUUUUAA